AUGUCAACGAUGCCUGUUACAUUAUGCACUACUGCAACAGUAUUUCUCCUCUGCGGCAUAUGUGCGCUCGAUGUGACUUGGGCGGAGGAGCUCUCUGUUGCGCAAAAACAGUAUGUGACAGCACAUGGGCGGCAACUUGAUGGUGAAGCUGCGGCGACACUGUGUACCAUGAAAAAGUUGCUUGACGGUGUGAACUCCAGGGUUGACACAUUUGAACAACAAAUCUAUAUGUAUGUCAACAAUGCGAAUGCGAAUUUUCGUAAAAUAUCGGAUGACAAGGUAAUGGCAGCAUCGCUAUCUGGAGAUCAACAUCAGCAAAUGCAGUACAUGAAGACGAGGCUUGACGACAUCGCAUAUCUCAUGAAUGCAACCGAAGGAAGGGCUAAAAAGGCGGCGGCAAAUGCAAGCGCAGCUCUCGAUGAGGUGCUAAAAUGGCAUUGUGUUGACAGGACGGAGAGUCGCGAGUCCUCAUACAGUUCUACUCCAAAUGCAAAUUGUGAACCUAACGCGUAUAAGCGAGACUACUACUAUGAACAUUCGAGGCUUGAUCCCCAUAAAUACAGCAUUUUAUGCAACUACAAAGUGGUCAGUAGCACCACUACUCAAACGACGUUCUCCAACAUGGAGAGGGCACUCGAAAUAUGGAACCAGGUAAAGCCCAAGCCGUACCAUAUGCGUGUUAUGAUAUGUGGAGCGGGCGCACCCGUUCACCAAGCAGCUCCACCAGGGCGACCAUGCACAGUGCUGGAGAACUGGAUGCGGAGCUACGAAGUGGCAACCCACUUGAUAGCGCGGCUCCACAGGGAUUUGGAUGUUGCUCUAUUCGUAUACCGCUACUCUGAGAAAAUCCUAGAAAGUUCGAAGGAGUCUCUUGCACAGCAUGAGGAGAGAAGGAAAGCAGCAGAGGCGCGGGCGGCGGAGGAGGAGGCGAAACGCCAGGCUGCUGAGAAGGCUGCUGAGGAAGCGAGAAAGGCAUUUGAGGAGGCUGAGGCGAGACGAGUGGCCGCUGAGGAACAGGCGGAGGCCAGGCGCUUGGAAGCUGAGAAGGCUGAGAAGGCAAAGGAGGCGGGUCAGCCGGUGAGUGAAGAAAAGAAAAAGAUGUUGCUGGAGGCUGUUGAGAAAGCUGAGGCAACUGAAAAGGCUGCAGAAAAGCAGGCAAAAGAUUCGAGAAAGGCAUUUGAGGAAGCGGAGGAGGAGCGCGUCAAAGCCACCGAAGAUGCAGAGGCUGCAAAGCAGAACAGGGAUACCAUCGGACGGUCCGAAGAGGAACUGAAGAAGGAUGUAGAAAAAUUGGCGGAGGAAUUGAAAGAGGAGUCGAAAGAAAGUGGUGAAGAGGACGACGUAAAUGCUGACCAUGAUGAUGAGGGCAGCGAGGCCAAGAGUGGCUGGAUUGGGACAACGAAAGUGUUAGUAUUUUUAAUUCCUUUGCUUUUGCUGUUGCUUGGGUUGCUUGUGUUCUUUGUUAUUAGGGGCCGUAGGAAGGCUGAGGUGAAGGAUGAUAUAAACAUAGAGGAAGGCGGUGCUAAAAGCAAAAAUACGAAGACCGCAGCAGGUCUUGACAGUGAUAUUUAA